GCGGAGCACGGACAGAAGACUCCGUCCGUAUCCGGAUCCGUAUUUAACGUUGAGCAUAAACGGGCCUUCAAGUUCGCUCCUGUUCCAAAAGCAGAAAUGAGUGUACUCCCGUCCUCCCGUCCGAACUCGCCACGUCCACAAGUCCGAACUGCUGAACUUGUGUAUUGAGAAACAGCUUCUGUGUCUUGGGACCGUUUGGAACCCACUUUGAUUUUAGCGGAACGGAAGCCACAUUUUUUACUUUUGCAGUCCGGACGACUUACGAGGGUGCACAAAUGACUAAUGGGGGCGUAAAGGGGUUCCUCCUGCAGCUGCUACGGGAGAGUCUCCCCAGGUGUUGGGAAGCAGAUUACUGCCCUGCUGUUCUAUACCAUGAAUGAUGAGCCAUGGACCAGAUCACUUUCCAGCAUGAUACUGUGCUGUCUGAUAUUCACAUGCUUCUGCCCAACGCACACCACCUUAUGACACGCCUCAAUGGUGUUGGACAGCCCGUCUUCAUCUCUAAAUUCAAGAUCAUGUCAGAUGGUGAAAGGCAUGACAGAAAUGAUCCAGGGGAAGGUUUGAAGGAGGUGGAGGAAUACGAUAAAAAAAAGGAAGACGGGGGAAAAGAUACAAAAGUCGCACAAGGAAAAGAUGGAGAGGAAGGCGGGAAAGGAAAUGUGGAACCAUUUUUGGAUGAGGACGGAGACCUUGACAUCAUGCAUCGCCCGAGGACAAACCCUAAGGAGGACAGUGGCCGAGAUGUGGUCUGUCCUGUCAUUCUCCAACAGUCCAACCCUGUCCUGGAACAAGAAGAGGGGGAUACAGAUGAUGAAGAUGAUAAGCCUUUAAACAACAUUAUAAAGAUUGAGCACACUAUGGCCACACCCCUGGAGGAUGUUGGCAAACAGGUGUGGCGAGGGGCAUUCUUCUUGGCUGACUUUAUCGUCUCUAAACCACACAUAUUCAGAGGAGCCACAGUCCUGGAGCUGGGAGCGGGAACCGGCUUAACCAGCAUCAUUAUGGCAACCAUAGCCAAAACAGUGUACUGCACAGAUGUGGGAGAAGACCUUUUAAGCAUGUGCAAGAAAAAUGUGACAUUAAAUAGACACAUGAUGGAGCCUGCAGGUGGUAAUGUGAGAGUGAAACAGUUGGAUUGGCUCCAGUGUGACCUCUGUACAGAUGCUGACAUGGAGUUUAGCUGGACAGAGGAGGAAGUAGCAGAUAUUUACAACAACACUAAGAUUAUCAUCGCUGCUGACGUUUGCUAUGAUGAUGAUCUGACAGAUGGCCUUUUCCGAACACUGUACCGACUCUGCUGUAGCUUUUCUCACACCUGCACGAUCUUCAUCUCCAUAGAGAAAAGGAUGAACUUCACCUUGCGACACAUGGAUGUUUCCUGUGAUGCCUACAACCAUUUCCGCCACUGUCUGUUCCAACUCCAGGACCUGGUGGAUGGACGAUGCAGCUUUCGAGUGGAACAGCUCCCUUCUAACUUCGCUCAGUUUCUUCUGUAUGAACGCAUAGAGCAACUGGAGCUGUGGAAGGUGACCGCCACUCCACUUCCAAUGUGAUUCUGUCAUGUUCUCAUCUCAACAUGGACUCACAGCCCAGCAGUGUGAACACAGCAUUCUCCCCACGAGUUACUCUACAAAACUCCGGUUAACUGUUGAAGGUUUGAAAAGUGAAAGAUAAAAACUCAAGGCAACAUCAUGUGUUCCUGUGUCAGUACAAUAAUAUCAUUUGGUAAAUUAAAGAUAGAAACAGGCAAUUUAACAUGUAGAAUUCAUCAAGAUGUUUUAAAAAUGGGUCAUUGAUUCACCGCAUGAAUGUAGCAUAAUUUAUUUUUUAACCUCAUUCAUGCAUUCUUACAGAUGGUUAUCUGUUAUCUGUUGAAGCUAUUUAGAGGAAAUUAAAGUUCUUUAACUUUGUUAAUGGAAAGUCAGCCAGAGCUGCAUGUCUUCGUGUUUGGACACUAUGUUUGAUUAAAAACAAGGUUUAAAUAAAGUUUUGCAGUACAACCAUGUGCUGAGAAUUUG